AUGGAAAAGAAAAAUGUUUAUAAGUUUCCUUCUUUUUACUCUGACAGUCCUCUUGAAGGUCUGCCUAAGUGCUGGUGGCGAAUGGAUAUUUCUCGAAGUCGUUUUUCUACUAUGGGGCGAACUCUUCCUGGGAUGCAGAAGCAAAGCAAAUUCGCUAUCUUCUGUGACCUCACCUCCAUACGAGGCGUACAACGGAUUAAACGUGCUCAAACUCCCUUUAUUCGGAUAAUUUGGUCCAUCUUUGUGAUCCUCAUGACGGCGGCAUUAGUCAUUACCAUUGGUUUCCUAGCGAGAGAUUUUUUCUCCUUCAGUACCUCCUGGCAUUCACGAACCCUCAUUGAUGAUAAGACAGACUUUCCAGCUAUCACCAUUUGUGCACAUAAUCCCUUCGCUUUGGAGGCCAAUCAUAUUUGGGACUCCACUGACACCUACUUUGCAAACCUUCGACCCGAGGAGUCGAGACGCCUUGGACAUCAAACCACAAUGUUUCCACACUGUAUGGUCACUGUAGAUGGUGUUAAUAUUGUUGCAGAGAACUGCACAAUAGAAGGAGAUACAGGUUUUACAAAACAACGAUUUUCUCAUCCUAAGUACUUCAAUUGUUGGACCAUUGAAACUGCGGACAAUAAAUCCACAAAAGACACUGUUCGUUUGACUCUCCUUCUCAGUCUUGUCUCUUCCAAGGAGAUAAACGAAAAUCGAAAAAAUUUUGUGAUGGACACGUUCUCUCGUGGU